CCUCAAGGUACUUGUAUGUAUGUGGGUGGACAGCACCCACGACGACACUGGAUUACAACCACGCGCUUUCGUAUAAAUCAGUUCUGCUAGACACUUCCACUUUACACACGUUUGAGUUCCAAUCCGAAACUGGACAAUGUCGCGUCUUUUCCAGACUUGUCAUCUGCCAAUCCUCGUCAUCCAGCUUGAAGACGGCCCAACAUGACAAGCGACUGGCUUCCGGACCGGCCAGGGCGAGCCAUCACAUGGUUGACGUCGACUUCCUCCCACGCCUCUCCAAAAUGCCGUUUCGACGCCUGGACCUUGAACCAUCAUCUGAUAUUCACUCUGGAGAACUUCUGUGGAGAACAUGGUCACUGCGGCGCCGUUGCUCAUGAUGCCCACAUUACGCACUGAUGAGGGAUCUGUCUUUACAUAAACCACCCAAAGCUCAACAGAACCAUGGUCAGCUUAACAGCAUGCAAUUUCCAAAUUGGCUUGGAGAGAAUUGCAAGACAAGUACUCACAUUUUCACGGCUAUCAAACAUCGACACAAAGGUGGUUGUCCACGGCACCUGAUCUCUCAUCAUGCCCCCGACACAAAUUUCAUUUGAUUACCCCCUCAGCAUUACCAAUAUUGGUACAGCUACCGCCUUGAUCCAUCUUGGUGAGCCAAGCAGUCCGAACCGUAUCAAUCUUAUCACAGACCCCGUGUUCGGUCCCGGCAGCACCCAAAUCGAGUAUCGCGGUCUUGUCAUCAAAAAGUCCGACUCCCCGGCCUUAACAAUCGACCAGCUCCCUCCCAUCGAUGCUGUUCUACUCAGCCAUGAAGAUCAUCCGGAUAACCUAGAUGAGCUUGGCCGACGCCUUCUUGAUGCUCGAAGGGUCCUCACCACCAGAGACGGCGCUUCUCAACUAGCUCCGCGGCCAGGAGUGCGGGGCCUUAAGAACUGGGAAACCGUUUGUCUUGAUUUUGGAGGCGAGGGAAAAGCGCGGAAGCUGGAAGUGACGGCCACUCCAUGCAAGCACUUACCUGGCGGUCAGGUAGUGGGCUUCAUUGUCAGCUCUUCAGACGGGGCUUUUGGAACACAGCCUGACGGUCGUCCGAAUGCGAUAUACUUCUCUGGAGACACGAUUCAUCUCGAAGAGCUUGGCAAGAUGAAGGCGAAAUAUCAUAUCGCUGUCGCCAUGCUGAACAUCGGAAAAGCAACUGUAAUCUUGCCCGGCGGGGGUGCUGAUGGUGGAGGCCCGCUGCAGAUCACCAUGGGUGGUGACCAGGCAGCGCAGUUGGCCAAGGACAUCGGAGCCGACGUAAUUGUUCCAUUGCACUUCGAGUCAUGGAGUCACUUUGCGGAAUCUGGGGCCCAACUGGCACAUGACUUUGCGAAGGCAGGGGUGGAGGAUAGGGUGCUUUGGUUGAAGCGAGGCGUGGAGACCAAGAUUGUCUGAGUAUUCCACGAGCUGGGAAACAUACAGUGAUUAUAAAACAGAUAUUGAAUGAUAUACAGGGGCCGUAACACCGCGACGCCAUGUUAAGUCACUCAUCAAGACAAAUAAUUAUUUCCAUUGGUCAUGGCCUCGUGUCCCACGUGCGCUGCCAACCGAAUGUGACCCUCGGUCAAAUCCAACCAAAGCAACAGAAUAUCAUUCUUAAGCGCCUUGUCAAAAAUUGUCAUCAUGAUCGAAAUCUGCUCCAUCCCUUCACUCAGGUGGAGCAUUAAGACACCAUGUUCCUUCGUUUCUUUGGGCUUACUCCAUGUCUCUGGCUCUGUCAAUGCCGCCGAGGAGAAUGUUAGUAAGUCUCUCUUGCAAAGACUUAUCUAUCUCAUCGACUCUGUCCCAGGGACGGGUGUCAACCAUCUAUCCCACGCGUUCUGUCAGUAUGGCUUCAAUGAGGCGGCAGGAUAAGACGGGUGGGAAGGUCCAACUCACGUCUCGAACUCUAUGCUUCUCGUUCAGGUCAUCAUCCAAUGUCUUCAACCAUCUCGAAGCCGCUUCGUUUCUGCCGAUUUGCAGGAACUGAAUUCCUACCUGGUUCGGAAGCGCCCUCAGUUCAUCCAGCCUCCUCGCUGCAUUGACGAUUACAUCCUCUACCGCAUCCUUGUCAUCCGCCGCUCCGUCUGUAAUCACAAUAAGGUUCAACAUUUUUGGCUUCUCGGGACAAGGUGCCCGCUCUGCCAUCCGUAGCCGAUAGUUUUCGAAUCGGUCGAUAUAGGCCGUCAGGAUUGUCCAAAGUCGCUCGGCAAUGAAGGUUCCGCCACCAAUCUCGUCUGGACUGACUUCGUUGGUCAAGAGAUCUAGAACCCGUUGUCCAUUUUGGAUUCUGAACUCGUCCUUAUCGUCCCGGUAUAAGAAAUGCACAUCUACACCGUCACGGUCAUAGUGUGUUACAAUAUCGACGAUGUAGCGCAGAGAUUCGAUCAUUUCAUCCCAUUUCGAACGUUCCUUUGCCUCGCAGUUGCCAUUAAUUGAGGGGGCCGGCUCGAUGGCUUCCAUCAUCGAUCCCGUGUCGUCGAGAAGGAAGACGACGUCGAAUUUUGAGAGCAGGGCGAAAUCUCGGUUAUCUUCCUUUCCACCAUUUAUACGAUUGGGAGGCAUCAUAAGGUCGUCGAGCCUGACGGGGACGAUGUUGGAGCGGGAUAUGCUGGGAGUGUUGCUUUCUUCGGAUUUUGGGUUGCUGAUACCCAAACCAACUGGUUGGGAGUGAGGAGAAGGGUCAGAGGCCGAUGUUCCGUCGCUGGCCGAACUUGCUGUGGAAGGCCGGCAUGAACCUUGGCCUUUAUAUGGAGGGGGGCUUUCGUCUCUCGCUAGGUUCUGUCUGAAAGGCAGUUCCUGAAAGACUUUUCUCCCAAGCUUCGCCGCAGAAGAGGAUGGGAUAAUGCUGGAUCCAGAGAGUGUCUGUUGGAUCAUUCGAAUUAUGAAUUCAGCAACGUCACGGUAACUUUGGUCUUGGUUGUUCUCCAUCUUGAUCAUGGUACGGUGAUCGCCUUCAAUGCCGAUGGUCUGGCAGUCAAAUGAGCUCAUGGCUGAGUCGGGGUCCGUUACCUGAGAGUAUGUGUUAGUGUCAGGUUGAAUCGGAGCUCUUAUGAUUCCUGAGGAGACCUUUACUGAAAAAGGAAACGAUAUUUCGACGUACGAAUCUCAUUCCAAACAUUGGCUGCAUCUCAUAUGCGAUCACAAUCGGAAUCCUUGUCCUUGGGUGGUUUCGCAUCUGAUCAAACCUGGCAACAAUGGUGUUUAGGUCCUCGGAUUCGAUACUCAAGCUAUCUAUCAGAGUGUCAUUGCCCCGGAGGAACUUGACAAUGCGGGAAGCAUAUCUGGCUAGCCUGGAGCCUUCCUGUAAUCAUUGCUGUCUGUCAGCAAACGCCGAUACAUGGAGGGAUUCCGGGGCGUUCGAAGGUUGCGGACUCACGAAGGGAGUGCCAAAGAAGAAAAUCCCCUUGACGAGGCAUUCUUCACCAUUGAAGAAUGUACUUUGACAAUCUUGGAAUCGCUCUAGCCUAUGUGACUCUUUCGACAGAGCAUGAAUAAGGGCCUAGAAGAACCGAUGGUUAGACACGACCACACCGGAUCCUCGAGUCGACAGGAUUUCCUAUACCUGACAGACGACCAAGCCUCCAAGGCUAUGGCAAGCGAAGUACAUUGGACGCUUUGAUCCCUGUUGGACUGAGCGUUAGUCAGAGACGCAGACAAAAUAUGGUGGUCGGACUCACCUCAGUACGGUCAGCCCUAAGAUGGUUGAGGAAAUUCUGCGAUAUCUUGUCGAUCGUCGCAGUGGCAGCGGAGGCACACAUAGCGCUUGCACGAUAUCCCACGGUUGCCAAGCGACCAGCUAACUUCGGGCCGUGCCAAUUCAUGGGAUCCAGGGGCCUAGCUUUGAUGUCGUUGGGAAGGAAGUCUCUGGGCCACAUGUGAGGUGCACCUUUGUCCGUGCUCCAAGACUUAAAAGCAUGCC